AUGGCUUGCAAAACGAUAUUGCGUUCCGUUUUCGCCGGCGCAAGUAGAUGCUUCUUUGUCCCUCCUUCUCCGUCGUCAGUUCCGGUCCAUGGUUUGUUCCGGGCGCCAAAGAGUCUUGGUUUCAGUGGUUUUGCGUCUGUUCCCGACCGGCUCCCUCGCCUCAGUUGCAGCCAUCACGAUCAAUCCGAUCAAGGCCCGCCUCAAGAAGCUGUUCUCAAGGCUAUUUCAGAAGUGUCAAAGACUGAUGGGAGGGUUGGGAAAACUACUAAUGUGAUUAUCGGAGGAACUGUGGCUGAUGAUUCUACUAAGGAGUGGCUCGAACUUGACCAAAAGGUCAAUACAUACCCCACAGAUAGAGGUUUUACCGCAAUCGGGACUGGGGGCGAUGACUUUGUGCAUGCUAUGGUUGUUGCUGUUGAAUCUGUUAUUCAAAGACAAAUUCCAGAGGAUUGUGUAAAGCAGACAUUAUCAAGGAAAGGCAAAUAUGUUUCGGUGAAUAUUGGCCCUAUCCGAGUUGUCUCUAGCGAACAGGUUCAAGCUGUGUAUAACGCAAUGAGGAGGGACGAAAGAAUGAAAUACUUCUUGGUUGGAGUUGGUUCUACGAUUAAUGCCCAGAAAGUUGUGGCUUCUUUCACAAGAGAGGGCCCAGAGUUGAGAAAAAGAAAAGCCGAAUGA